AUGUCUAACACUGGAGUCAAGAAAGCUCAAGAGGAUUGUUGUCUAGCCGGACAUGGAUCCAUACUGGGACAGGGCAGGUCUGAAUCGACAUCUGAUAAUGUGAUCAGCACCACCAGGGCAGUGGGUAUCGAUGAUUCGGCUGUCGAUGGGGAAGAGAUCGAGGCCGAAACCAAAGACGCUCGAUGGGCUGGGAGAACAGCACCCUGUCCUUCUCGGAAUCCGGCACUUGCUUCAAUUCUCAGCCCACCCGAAACGCCGCGGUCGCUAGUCAGCGAGGACGGUGUUGAAUCAGGAGACACCAAGUUCUACACCCCUUCAGAAUCAGUGGCCCGCCGCAAUGACACUUUUACAGGGCACCUGGUUCAACUGGACAGAACAGAAAGUCCAAGGGCCCUCACCGCUUAUCUGCCAGUCCCACAGUCGUGGCGCCAUACUUCCGAGGUCAAUUUAGACCAAAUGAUUGAUGAGGCCAUGGACGAGGGCGGAUGGAGACGCAAUCAGACCUCAAGGCCACGGACUGUCCUCGCACCAAUGCCACCGAACAUGGCAGAAGCAUCCACACCAGGCCGACAUCUGGCUUCACCUUCCUGCUGGCCUGACUCGGAGACCAUUUGGAGGUUUGGGCACCUUGACAGAGAAGAGAACCAGCGGGUGAAGCGGGAUCUAGAAACGCUCAAACAGGACGAUGAGAUGAGUGGGUACAGACGAACCCUUGCUGCGAGCUGGGCGUUGGCCUCGGUGGUGGCUUGGGAAUCUGAAGGCCCUGUUCGGUUGGGAAGGCAGAUGAGAGACCCCGAAGGCGAGCAUGGAGCGUCUGUGGAGCCGAGCUGUAUCGCGGCUUAG